AUGCGGUAUAUCUCCCCAGCUCUUCCUCGUGCUGUUGCGGCUACUUUACUGCAACCUCAGACCAUGUUGCCGAUCUUUCAAUGUAGCUACAAACAACAAGUACCGCGGAAAGUUCGUGCAUUGCAGUGGCGUCAAUUUUCCAGGGUGAACACUAUCUGUAGGGAAGUGGAGCACCCGCUGAUUGCGGAUAAACUUCUAGGAGUCGACGUGCAGCAUCGUGAGUAUAUUACGUUGCGAUGGCAAGAUGGAAAGCGAAGCAAGUUUCACCUGCUGCAUCUGCGUACGUGGUGCCAGUGCUUGGAAUGCGGCCACUCGACGGGACAGCGAGUUGUGAAUUGUUCUGAGAUUAACAAAGACACACUAGAUUUUGAGAAAUUGUUUGUGAAAGGUGAUAUGCUGAACAUUGUGUGGAAUGAUCGACACAAAUCCAGCUACUCGUGCAAGUGGCUGCUUCAAAAUAGCUACUCGGACUGGGCACUAGACCAGCAUGCACGUGAUAUGACUACAACCCCAUUAGCCGUUGAUGCUUCUAUUCCCUCGAUGGAAUAUGACCGUGUGAUGGACACAAGCGACGACAAGGGCCUUUACGAGGCACUUUACCAGGUUAUAGAGAAUGGAUUUACGGUAAUUCGUAACACGCCGUCAAUCCGCGGCGCUGUCAAAACGCUCGCAGAGCGUAUUGCACCGAUUUCGCACUCGUUCCAGUAUGGCGAUGUUUUUGACGUGGUAGCAGAGCCUAAACCUGUCAACAUCGCAUAUACGAGUCUGUCUUUAAAGAGCCACAUGGAUCUGGCGUACUACGAGUCUCCUCCUGGACUCCAGUUGUUGCACGCACUGCGCUUUGACGAAUCGGUCAAAGGUGGGGAGUCAACAUUUGUGGACGUGUUUGCCGUUGUGGAAGAGUUCCGACGUCUUCAUCCUGAACACUUUGCUACCUUUUGUCGUGUGCCUGCAACAUUCAAGAAACAUCACUUGACUCGUGAAAAGGCAACAAUCUUUGAGUACCAACGUCCACAUAUCCAGCUCAAUCAUCGUGAUGAAGUAAUUGCCGUGCAUUGGAGUCCUCCGUUUGAGGGGCCACUGAGGGUUUCAUUCAAUGAUGUGAUGCCAUACUACAAUGCCUAUUGUGUUUUCCAUGACAUGGUCGAAGGUGGAAAGUUUUGCAACGAAUUCCGACUACAACAGGAUGAAACGGUUAUUUUUAACCAGCGAAGGAUCUUGCACGGAAGAAGACAAUUCACACCUUGUUCUGAUGGUAUACGCCAUUUUCAGGGCACUUACAUAAACAUUGACGAUGCAAUUUGUCGUUACAAUGUGUUGCGUACACAAUUUGGUGGAAAUGACCAUACUCGUAAAAACCGACGUGUUGGUAAUGGUAAUUAUUCCUAA